AUGGCCAGAUUGUCUAAUUUGCAAAUGAGAGCUUUGAAUGAUUCUAUGUCUAACUUGUUGAAUACAGGUUUGGAACAGAUCCAUAAGAGACUUGAUGAGCUUCAAACCAACCCACAAACUCGUUCUCAAACCGGAGCCAGAAGAGAUCAACCAAGGAGACACAGCCGGUCCGACCAUGACAUCCAUGAGGAGGAGAGCCAUGAUGACGAUGACAAAUCCAUCAACCGACCUAGGAGAGGUCCUAGAAACCAAAAUCAAGGUGAUGUCAAUCCAUUUGGUACAAAUGAUAGAGCUGAUAAUGGUUUGGGUGGAUUGAAAUUGAAAAUUUCGAGUUUUGAUGGCAAGAAUGAUCCGAAUGCUUUUCUUGAAUGUGAAAGAAAAAUUGAACUUUAUUUCGAUUGUCAAAAUUUUUCGGAUCUUAGAAAGGAGGGAGCAGGUGAGAGACCAAUUGAUACUUGGGCCGAGCUUACCAUGCUGAUGAGGCGACGCUUUGUUCCUGAUCACUAUCACCGUGAUCUCCAACACAAACUGAGACGUUUGCUACAAGGAACCAAGUCAGUGGAGGACUAUCACCAAGAAAUGGAAAUCCUCAUGAUCAAGGCGGAUGUGGACGAGCCCUUAGACGCCACCAUGGAUAGAUUCCUCACUGGCCUCAACCGUGACAUCCAAGAUCGUAUGGAGCUUCAAGAGUAUGACAACAUGGAACAGAUGUUACACAAAGCUAUCCUGAUCGAACAGCAAGUCAAGAGAAAGGGUCUCUCUAGACCGUCCUUUGCUCCCAAACCCUCUUUUUCGUCCAAAGCAAAUUAUCAAGACAAGGGUAAGUCUUCUUCCACAACAAAUACUGCUUUUAAGACUACUGCCCCUGCUCAUGUUGAUAGAGAAAAGAAAGAGGAGGCUUCAAAAGGAACCAGAGACAUUCAGUGCUUUAGAUGUCAUGGCCUUGGCCACUAUGCUAACCGAUGUCCAAACCAAAAGGUGAUGGUUCUUUUGGAGAAUGGUGAAGUAGAAUCCGAAGAUGACAAGGAGGAUCUUGGACCAGUCUUUGAUGAUGAUAAUGAGGCACUUCAUUACCCAGCUCAUGGUCCCCUUCUUGUUGCUAUAAAACCUUUGGACGAUGCCUUUGGUCCCAUUUUCGAUGAGGAGGUCGAUGGUGUGAUUGAUGAAUUUUGUUUGACCUUUCUGGAGGAUUCUGGUCCGAUCUUUGAUGAGGACCACCUUGAAUAUCCGGUUCAUGGUCCACUACUGGUUAUUAGAAGAGCUUUGAGUGUGCAACCAAAGACCAACUGCAAAGAACAAAGGGAGAAUCUUUUUCAUUCUAGAUGUCUCAUUUCUGAAAAAGUUUGUUCUUUGAUCAUAUACGGAGGUAGUUGUACUAAUGUGUCUAGUGACACCCUUGUAAAGAAACUUGGGCUUGUUACUUGGCCUCUUUCUCAACCUUUCAGGUUGGAAUGGCUCAAUGAGGCUGGAGAACAGUAUGUGAAGGAACAAGUUACCGUCCCCUUUACCAUUGGCCGAUAUGAGGACGAGGUCGUUUGCAAUGUUCUUCCCAUGGACGCAUGCCACAUUCUCUCGGGACGGCCAUGGCAAUUUGAUAAAAGGGCCGUGUAUGAUGGAUUCACAAACCGACACUCUUUUGAUCACAAGGGAAAGAAAAUCACUUUGGUUCCCUUGACACCUUUGGAGGUUCAUCAAGAUCAAGUUAAACUUAAGAGGGGUCGAGACAAAGAGCCUAAAACGGAUAAACCAGAAACAUCCACCAAAAACUCCAACUUCUUUAUCAAAGAAAGUCAGGUCAGAAAAUCUCUUUACUCUCAAAAGCCAUUUCUUUUACUUGUGUAUAAAGAAUCUCUUAUGGCUUUAUCUUCUUCUGACCUUGCACCGGAGAUUCCGAGUGAGUUACUAGCUGUCUUGUAG